GACAUUUUUUUCUUACGAAACAAUUUUAUUUCGUCUCCGGGUUACAGCAGACGCUGGGAAGUGUCUCGUUGUUUUUGUUUCAAUGUUAUUUAUUGUUUGACGGUGGGGGACUUCCAUCAAAAUUCGGUGGCAGAUUUGAUAGAUUAAGGGUCCUGGCUCAGAUGGAAGGAUCAACAUCAACACAAGCAGCUGCAGCUGGGGAGUCAGCCAUGGUUAAAAAAGAUGUCAACUCCAAUGCCAUACCUGCCGAAUGCCCUAUGCACCAGAACAAACAACAACCACAAAGUAUUGCUACACCAAAGCAUCAGCCCAAGGGUUUAAGCGAGGCAGAAAUGCAGCGAAUGGCGGUCAGCUUUUCCAGUGCACCCAGUGAGUGUCCAAUGCACGGAACUGGUGCACCUGCCCCACCGAGUGAGUGUCCCAUGAGUGGAACAGGCAGGGAGACAGAUAUUAAUCCUGAUAAUAUGAUGCCCCCACCCAACCAGCGCCCUGCCCCAGACCAACCCUUCCCCCUCUCAACCAACCGUCAGAUGUCCAGCAUCCCAAAGGCUGGAACUGAGGAGAACUGGGUCUACCCCUCACAGCAGAUGUUCUGGAAUGCCAUGCUGAGAAAAGGUUGGCGCUGGAAGGAGGAUGAUAUAGGUCAGAAUGACAUGGCCCACAUCAUCAACAUCCACAAUGCCAACAACGAGCAGGCCUGGCAGGAGGUGCUCAAAUGGGAGGCUUUCCAUGGAAGGGAAUGUCAGCAUCCAAAGCUAAAGAAAUUUGGUGGAUUGGCCACAAAGUUUUCACCAAGGGCAAGAAUGAGGAGCUGGAUGGGUUAUGAGCUGCCCUUUGAUCGCCACGACUGGAUUGUAGAUCGCUGUGGGGAGGAUGUCAGAUACAUCAUAGACUAUUACGACGGAGGCAAGGUGGACAUGACAAACUACCAGUUCACCAUUCUAGACGUACGGCCUGCCUUCGACUCGUUUGGGGCGGUUUGGGACCGGUCAAAGGCUGCGUGGAUGAGGUGGUGGUACUCGUCUCGAAUGGAGCAGGACAAUAUCUCUGUCACACAUGCGCAUGAGCACACAAACAACAAUGCCAAAUCAACUUCUGGGCCAUCCACUUGACACUUAUGAUCUUGUUUAACAGUUGAUUGAUUGUAAUGGGUGUCAAUUUAAGAUUGUGUUUGAUUGAAAACUCCAGAUUUUACAUUUAACAACAUGGGUUUUGCCUUGAGUCAAACUCCCUGAUUUUCCAUUUCUUUGAAGAUGUUUGAAGGGUUUUUCAUUAGGGGAAGGUAAGCAAAGUAUAAAUUGCUUCAAUACUCAAUUUUUUAAACACCAUUUACUCAGUUUUAAUGUUUUGAGUGAAUUGCUAUAUUUGUGUAAUCCAGAUUUCAUCAUCUUUGUAAUUUGUGUUACAAAAUUUGUUUGUAAACACUUUGCAUUAAAUGGUUCAACAGUAUUAUUUGUGAAAGCACCGUGAUAAUAAGCAUUUUAAAUAAAGUAAUCUGCAGGUAUGUAUAAAUCCAAAUGCAAAUGAAUGAUAUUAUUCAAAGACCCUUUGCAACUAUGAAUGUCAUCAUAUUAAGUUUGUUAUAAACAGACUACAAUGAAUGUGGACUGAUUUUAUUUAAUGACCUCAUUAGAAGGUGGUAUAAAGCUGAAUUUAAGUUUGUAUAUCUUUAGCAAAAUUCUUGUCUCGGCCAUAACUUUGUGAUAUGUUUAUGAGUUUUGAAAUACCCUGGCAUAGAUGUCAACUUUCAUAAUGUGUCGCGUGUAACAUUUUUCUCAAAGGUCAAGGACACAUUUACAGGUCGAAGGGCAAAUUAAGUCAUUAAAGAUCAUGAUUAUUCUUGUCUCAGUAGUAACUUUGCCAUUUAUACUCUGAUUAAUAAAUACUCUGCCACAAAUGUCAACCAUCAUAUGACAUGUAAAUUCUUUAUCAGUCUUCCAACCUCAUAGAUCAAGGUCUGCCUUAAAGGUCAAGAUUCAAUAUUGCGCCAUAUAAGACCUUGUCUUGACUGUAAAUGUGUCAUGCAUCAUUUUAAGAUAAAUUACAUUUAUGAUCACUUUAAGGAGGCAGAGUGUUGCUUGCAUCACCGGUAUCCCUUCUUUAAAGGUCAAGGUCAUGUUUAGGGGUCAAAAGUAACAUUGGGCCAUAAAACAGCAUGGUUUUGACAUGUGUGGUGUUUUGAGACAAACGCAGAAAGCAGGGGCUUCUAUGCCAUAUUUACACUUACAUGUUAUCACAUGGUGUCUUACUUACUGAACUGAGUGUGAAUUCAUGUCUAAACACUUUGAUAUAAACAUCAUACAAUAAAUACAGAUUUACACAAAA